AUGAACAACCCACAAGACAAUCCUAGAACUCCUCCACCACCCAUUCCCUCUAAUUCAUCUACACCUCCUCUACCUAGUACAUCUCCCAAACUCAGGCUGAAAAGGGUGAAAAUACUUGCUCGAAAAACAGUCGCGUCUGGGGCUCUCAGGAAGAAAUUAAAAAGGGUAGAACAGAGUGGCAAGAAGUCAGGGGGAAGUGGUUCUGGUGAAGCUGCUGAGGGGCUGGUUAAUCUGAGCACACAAGGAGAUGAACCUGGUUCAUCUACUGAAGAGACCCUAGCAGACCUGUUGAAAAAGGCUGGGAGUGAGAGUGAUCUCCAAAAAGAUCUAGCUGAGAGUAAGAAGAAAAAGCUGACUAAAGGAAAAGGGAAGGUUACAGAGUCCCAGAGGUUGUGGAGGUUGAGGAGAUGGAACAAGUCCAUCAUGAGGAAGUUCAACCAGUGGAGUGGAGAAGAAGUAGAAGAUGAUUCUGAUAGUGAACAAGACAAGCUUUCCACGUUUGGCAAAAGAAAGAUUUUGAAGGGUAGAUUGCUAAAAGACCUGGUGGAGCAAGGAAUGAUGAGACUGGUGGAUGCCUUAGCUGCUCAGGGGUGGAAGGACAUGGUCCUUCAGAUGGAUGAUAGGCUAGCUAGGAAUGAGAUAAUUAAGUUUAUGACAAAUGUAGAGGUUCAGGAUGGCAAGGUUAGCAGCCUGAUGAAAGGAGUUCAAGUGUCCUUUGAAGCAGAAAAACUGGGAGAAAUACUUGAUAUACCCUCUGAAGGGUUUGAUGAUUAUACAAGGCAAAGGUGGCCUUGUCUGGAUUCCCUUCCUACUGCCCUUGAAAUUACCAGGAGGUUUUGUGAUGCUGAGGAUGUGAAUGAAGCCAGGGCUGUUCAGAAAAGUGAAAUGAGGCCUCAGCACAAGGUCUUGUUUGAAUUUGUCAAUAAGUGCCUAUUUCCCAGACAGGAGAGAAGGCACAUUGCCAAUUACAUGAACCUAGUUCUUAUGGAGUGCCUGGAAAGUGGAAGGCAAAUUAAUUGGCCUGCCUUCAUCAUCAAGCUGCUAGACAGGGUCAUAAAUGGAUCCAAGGCUCAUGCUACCCCCUAUGGCUUUAUUUUGACCACGAUUAUGGAUAGGUUCAAUAUGCCUAUGAAGAAAUGGGAAAUGGCCUCAAGCAAGGAUCAUUUUGGCAUUAACACUCUGAUUGUUUGUGACUACUUAGUCAGUGCCAUCCCAAAUGAACCUGGUUCAUCCAAGAAGACUUCUAUCAAUAGCAAAGUCAGGGCUCUAGUUCAGGAAUGUGAAGCCAAGGAUGCUGAGAUAGCUAGGUUCAAGGCUCGUGUGGUAGAGGUAGAAUCUGAGAUGGAUGCUCUCGGAACUGAGCUUACCAAAGAAAAUGAGAAGAAUGAUGGAAUUCUUCAUAAUAUGUUGAAUCUUCUCCAAGCCUAA